UGCCCCUUCCAGCAGUCCCAGCAAAAAGUCCCACGCCGACAUUUUCGGAACCGGUAUAUGUGGAACUUCGGAAGCGCUGGGCGAUCGAAACAGGCAAUGCAAGCUCCCGGCAUAUUAUUGAGGGGUGUUGCUCAACGCGGGGCAGCUCUUUAUAUAUAUACAGAACCUCCUCCCGCCCCGGGUGAAUAGAUCUUGCUAUAUACCAUCAUCCUCAGUAGAGCUGCUCAACAUUCAUACUCGAACCUCUCCGCAGUAACCCUUCAUAAACACCAUGUCGCGAAAGCACUUCUUCUCCAGCCCCGAGGGCGUCGUCCAACACAUGCUCAACUCCCUCGUCACACGAAACACGCACAUGGGCCUCGACGAAACGCACCGCGUCGUCUACUCACGCACUCACAAACCUUCCCAAGUCACAAUAAUAUCAGGAGGCGGCAGCGGGCACGAGCCAGCAUGGUCGGGCUUCGUCGGCGACGGCAUGCUGUCUGCAGCAGUCUGCGGAGAGAUCUUUGCGUCGCCGAGCACGAAGCAGAUCAUGGCCGGAAUCAAGAACGUACCAUCGAACGAGGGGAUUAUAUUGUGCAUCACAAACUACACGGGAGAUAUGCUGCAUUUCGGACUGGCGAGAGAGAAGGGUCAGGCUUUGGGGUAUAAGGUGGAUGUCGUAUGCAUGGCGGAGGAUGCGGCGCUGGGAAGACAAAAGAGUGAGAAGGUCGGAAGGAGAGGGUUGGCUGGUAAUCUACUCGUCAUCAAGCUCAUCGGUGCGGCUUCACAGAAAGGUUGGUCGUUUGAGAGGUGUCGGCAAAUAGGAGAACUUGGAAACUCGCAGCUGGUGACGAUUGGUACGAGUCUGGAUCACUGCCACGUUCCCGGCAGAGAGGCGUUCGAAUCCGUGCCUGACGGUGCUUGUGUUCUUGGUAUGGGCAUUCACAACGAACCCGGCCUUCGAACGAUAUCACCCAUGCCUAGCGCCGAGGACAUAGUAAAAGAGAUGUUGAAAUACCUCCUGGAUCCCAACGACAAAGAUCGCGCAUUCGUCGAAUUCAACCCGAAUGACAACGUGGUGAUGCUUGUCAACAACUUCGGCGGUCUCUCUGGUCUCGAAUUCGAAGCCAUGGUCAACCUCACCUUGGUAGUCCUUAGACGCGAUUGGAAGAUCGUCCCCACCCGCAUUUACGCCGGCAUCCUCGAGACUUCACUCAACGGCCAGGGCUUCUCCAUCACCCUAGGCAACAUGUCCGGCAUGGCCAAAUCCAUGGGGCUUCAGGUCGAGGAAAUCAUUGAACUCCUCGACGCACCUACCAACGCGCCAGCCUGGCCAAAGAACAACUACGUCCCAGUAGAAUACUCCAAGGAGACCGAAGAGCUCCGCAAGAAGGCGCAUGCGGCGGAUGAGAACACGGACGCAGCUCUUCAAGGCCCCGCCAUGCCUUCCAACCUCAUCCCAGCCCUCAGAAACGCAUGCAACGCCGGCCUCGCAGCCGAACCCAAAAUCACGCAAUACGACCUCCAAAUGGGCGACGGCGACUGCGGCGAAGCCGUCGCCGGCAUCUGCAAAUCCAUCCUCCACAACAUCAGCAGUGUGGAAGCAUCCCCACCCGCACUCAUCAAGCUGCUCGAAAGCAUCGGCGAGAACCUCGAAGAUGCCGGUGGCUCCCUCGGCGCUAUCCUGAGUAUCCUCGUCACGGCCUUCACCAACGCGCUUGCGACCGCGACGGUCAAGGAGGGAAAGCCGCUGGAUGUGGCGACCGUGUCGGAGGCUGCUGCGCAGGCGCUGGAGAAUCUGAAGAAUUACACUUCUGCUCGUGAGGGGGAUAGGACGGUCAUGGAUGUGCUUAUCCCGUUCAUCGGGACGUUCAAGGAGACGCGGGAUUUCGCCAAGAGUGUACGGGUGGCGAGCGAGAAGGCGGAGGCGACCAAGGAUAUGAAGCCCAAGUUUGGCAGGGCGACGUAUAUUGGUGAUGAGAUGGGGGCGGAGAGGAGCCGGGUUCCUGAUCCGGGCGCGUAUGCGGCGGGGGAGUGGUUGUCGGGUUUGUUGAAGGGGUUUGAGUCUUAGUUUGAUGGUGGUAGGUAGGGGGAUGGAUGGUUGCAGUGUUGAGAGGCUGCGUCCUUGCGCGUGUAGGGGAGGGUUGAGUUGAUGUGAUACCAUGUCUUCUUAUAAAACAGGUUAGGAUUAUUUAUCACUCGGUGUAAAUGGAGCGACGUUUUCUCGUG